AUGGCUCCUGCUCGACAGCAACCGGCACCACCGCCGUUCAGCAAAGAUCAAAAAGUGCUCUGUUUCCACAUGGAUAUGCUCUACGAAGCCAAGAUUAUGGAUGUUCAGCCAGCUGAGAAGCCCAGUGACGGAUACAAGUACAAAGUCCAUUACAAGGGGUGGAAGAACACCUGGGACGACUGGGUGCUGGUAGACCGCAUCCGGACCUUCGACGAUGAGCACAAAGAGCUGGCUGCACAGUUGCACGCGCAGUUGAAGCAUAACAUCCAACGAAGCACUAAGCAGCCGAAGAAGGGCCUGAGAAGUGGUGCUGAGUCUGCUAGAGUCAGCGAGGAGCGAUCAGGCUCUGCCACUGUUCAAGGAGGCAGGGGAGGAAGACGAGGCAAAGACUGGGAAUUGGAACAGACCAUACCACCCAAUGCUUUGUUUGUUCUUUUUGCGAGUGUUCUCCGGCAGUUCUGGGCUGUGAUAUGCAAAUUUGGCCCAGUUGGCCCUUUGGUGAGACUGGUUGAAAGAAGAAGCAUCCAUACUCUGUUACACUAUUCACCGAUACCUCCUUAUCUCAAAAUUGGGGAAGAGGUUGUUAUUGUAUCAAAGUGUGUUUUCCCAUCUGAUCGGUUGAACCAGGGCCAUACCGAGCCUUAUAUUGUGAUCCAGCCUCCGCCUAUACCCAACACUGCCUAUGGCGCUGCCGUUUUCCCCUCCAUGAUUCCUUUCUUGUCACUACUCGCCCUUGUCCCAGCAUCAAAAUCCCACUUUGACAAGGCAUCAUUUCUACGCACUACAUCCUUUCCCUCCCGCAGCUCUAGUCUGCUCUACUGUUUUCAAACACUUGCCCCUGUUACCCCCAGCCCUUCAUCAACGGCAAGGCACUGCGGCGUCAUGGAUUCGGCGAGCGACCUUUCUGCUCCGCAAGGCUUUUUCCCUACUACCAAUGUUCGGGGCUCUCCUGAUUUGGCCCAGCCUGACAAGUCGAUGGAUUCCCUUAAGUCCUCUAAGAAGGUCAAGUUGACCAAGCUCAAAGAACCUAAGGACCAUCUUACUCUUCUCCCCUCUAGUGAUCAUCGCUAUGUAUCAGAGUCGGGUAAACUGAUCCAUGAUGAUCGCUACGCUAUGCCCCUGACUGUCGAAGAUGAGCCAAAGCAGCCACGUCAGAAGCCUCUCAAGCCUAGUGCCAAGCCCAAGCCGCGCUCAUGCGACCAGCUCGAGACGGAGGAUGCUUUCCACAACAAACCUAUGAUCAAAAUCCCGGUGCCCGACCACAUUCAAGCGAUGCUGGUUGAUGAUUGGGAAAACAUCACCAAGAACAACCAGCUUGUCCCUCUUCCUCAUAAUAAGCCAGUCACCAAGAUAUUUGAAGACUAUCUUGCGCAUGAGCGUCCACACCGCGAAGAGGGAUCUUCCAGCAUGGACAUAUUGGAAGAAGUCGUCGCAGGCUUCCGUGAGUACUUCGAGAAGGCUCUUAGCAGAAUUUUGCUGUACCGUUUCGAGCGCCAUCAGUACAUGGAUAUCAGGAAGCUCUGGGAGAACACUGAGGCGAACCCAGAAAUCACCAAUGUCUGCGAUGUCUAUGGCGCUGAGCAUCUUGCUCGACUAAUUGUCUCUCUCCCCGAACUGUUGGCGCAGACCAACAUGGACCAGCAGUCCGUGUCCCGUCUUCGAGAGGAGAUAGGAAAGUUCAAUGUCUGGUUAGGACGUAACUGCGAGACAUAUUUUGUCAAUGAGUACGAGACUCCCAGCCAGGAGUAUAUUGACAAAGCUCGUAGCUUUUGA